UCAGCAGAGCACUUUGUGUUCAGCAACGUAGGUGUGAUGAAGGUUUGGACGCAGCCACGGUCACACGACUCUCUGCGUAAAGGCGGUGUUUCAUUAACACCUACUACUGAAUGGACUGUAUGAGCUUCGGGACCUGAGCAGUCACGUGGAUGUUUGAUGGAGGCUACUUUGAUGUUUUCUACGGAUCAGAAGAACAUGGCAAGUUGGAGAGGGAACUCGGGUUCCCAAAGAUAUGGACACUACCGACAGGAGGUGUAUGUGAAGCAUAACAGCAAUGAUCUGGAACACAAAUCCUUGGAAGUAAAAGGGAGUAUAAAAGGGACCUCAGCAGUUUCUGAAGACAAGAUCUCCACAGUGUUGCCGCUUCAGCUGGCCAUAGCAGAAGGUCCGGACCGGCUUCCUGCUGACAAGGACACACAGGAAGUUCUGUGUGGGAAGCUGCGUGUGCUGGAAACUGACCUCGGCAAAAUUUCACCCUUGAUAUCUGAUUUAUCUGCUCAUCUGGUGUCCAUCAACAGUGAGGAAAGGACCAUAUUUAUCACUUUUAAAUCAUUUGAGGAAGUAUGGAAGUUCACUACAUACCACAGAAUGGGCUUACUGAGUCAGUGUUUGGGGAACCUUAUUUUAGACCAAGGAUUCUGGCUGAAUUCUUUAGACCAGAAGGACUCAGGAAUUGAGGUCUCAAUUAAAGAGGAGGCGAUUAAUCAGAUGUAUAAAAGUUUUCUGAUGCAAGAAGGCUCCUUUUUUGGUAGUUGCACAGUGAACCAGAUGUUUGACAGCUCCACAUCAGGCAGUGAUUUGUAUCUUGAGAAAGGUGAUAUUGCUCUAUUUGAGCCUCCAUUUCUGGGUUCGGGUUGGACCGUGCUAUCCCUGGCAGAUGGCUCAAGAGGAACUAAAGCAUGGCCAGCAUUGGAACCUGCCAUUCCAUUUCAUCAGUGGUUUCUGAAGUCCUGUCCUGAGUGGGUUUUGGUAGGCAGUGGGAAAACAUGCUGUAAUCUCCCGUUUAAAAUUGCUGUAGGUAUCUGCGAGGCGACAGAAGUGUAUGAUGGUAAUGGGCCAGAUGAACUCAGCUUUGAGACUGGAGAUCGCAUUAUCAUCAAGGGCCUACUGGUGACCUGUUUCGAGUGGUUCAUGGGCAAGUUGGAGAGGACCGGUGAUACAGGACUUGUCAAAACCAGCUUAGUAAAAGCAACCAAUUCUCUUUGUGAGUCUGAUGAAAUCUUUAUAAAACAAGAGGACAGCAAAAUCUUCAACUUGGAACAAGAGAAGAUUAAAAAGGAAGCUAUUGCCUUUUUAAAGAAAACCUGCCAAAGCAAUGUAGCUACAGUCUACAAGCUUGAUUCAACAAAUUCAACAUCAGUUCGAAAUGGCCCCACCAACUGUGAAUAUAUAAGCAUGAAAAGAAAUAUCAGCAAUAUUUUGAGUGAAACAAGAAAACAUCCACAAAUCGAGCAGACCCAAGACAAUGUAAAGCUCCAAACAGAUGAGUCCAUAGGAUCCACAGUGUCAUCCUGCAAAAUCCCACACUUUACUGUAUGUUCAGAGCAGGAUCCAGAUGAAUACCAUUCCCUCUUGUCCUUCCUAGGCAGCCGUGAUCACCGGCCUGAGUUUCAGCUUCUCUAUACUACCUACACAGAAUUCCUCCUUUUGCAUUUCCAGGGCCACAGUGAUGAGGAGGAGCUGGUAGAAUAUUUGGGUGUUGCUCGAGAAACUGCAAGAAAAAAACGCAUGCCAUGGGCACAGAGCAGAAUAUGUUUCCUCUUGGGACAGUUGUGCGCAGGAAGGUCGAAGUUCUCCCAGGCACGUGUCUAUUAUGAGGAAGCCUUAAGCAUACCAAGAGACUAUUUCACUGACAUGCACCUUCUCUCAGCCAUCUACUCUAACCUGGCCUUUAUCUAUCUCACACAAAAAAAUGCAGAGAAGUAUCUUGCUCUAUCUGAACGCUUUGCUGCUUUAUUGAUGGGAGUUGGUGACUAUUUAUCUGGCACAGAAGACGCUGAGGUGUUAAAGUUUGGACUAAAAAAGGCAGUUCUCUCCCUGAACAAACCUGCAGAAGCCCGGGUCUGUUUCCUGCUAGCCAAGUUGUAUCUGAAGCUUGGAGAAGGGAUAAGGGCUGUACCUUUCAUUGAACGGUUACAGAUUUUAGCUGAUGAGAUCCCUGGAACUUGUGACAAGAUGCGGAGUCAUGGUUUUUUACUCUUAGCAAGACUUUAUAGUGACUACGGGCUCCUUCAACUAGCUGAGAGCUCAGCAUGGCAGGCAUGUCUUCAGGUGUCUACCUCAGUCACUGAUUGUUUCUGCGGCAUCUCUUUGCUGUUAGAGAAUGGCCAAGAACUGUAUGGUGUUGACAUCCCAGCACAAGUAGCUCUAUGUUUGACUCGAGCUGCUGCGUUAGAAUCUGCUGACGUGGAGCCCAGCUUUCCACAUGCCUAUGCCCUGUGUUUGUCUUGGCUCUUCCACAAGCAAGGCAUGUCUAAAAGGGCAGUUUACUACAUGUGCAACUUCAUCAAACAUUCCUCUGCUACAACACUCAGCCAGUCUGAUGCCAAUGCUGCUCUUAUCUGGCUGGCAUGGUUAUAUAUCUGUGACUGGCAGUACCACAGUGCUCUGGAUGUUUUGGACUCGGUCCUGUCCUCCCUCCCUGAACAUUGCACAACCCAGCUGGAGGGGGUCAUCUAUAAUAUGCGUGGCAUCACUUUGAGACACGCCAGUGAUGUCAAACAAGCUGCUGAGAACUUCCGUGCUGCAGUUGAUGUCUGUGAGGAGCUUGAAGACAGGCAUAACUGGGCCAUUGCAAUAGCCAACUUUGGUUUCUUGAGUUUGCAGGUCAAUGCGAAGAGAGUAGCAGAGGAGCAGCUUAUCCAGGCAAUAGAGCUGUUUUCAGAGCUAGAGGAUGAAGACCAUGAAGUGAACUUUGUUGUUGUGCUUUUAGAGCUUGGAAAGCUUUAUGUAUCACAGGGUUUUUGUGAAAAAGGAAAGGUCUGCUAUGAGUGGGCCCUGCUGAUUUCCAUCCUCUAUGAAAACUCAGAGAGCCAAUUGCAAGCCACUCGUCACCUAUGCCAGCUAUAUAGUGACUCAUGUCCUGAUGAAGCUCAGUGUAUCAUCUACAAUGAACACCAGCUGAACCUGCUGCAGCAGACAGGAGACAGAACCCUGGAGGCAGAAAUAUUGCAGAAGAUCAGCCAGCUGUACCUCACCCUGGGCACAGAGAAAGCAAACAGAUGUGCUCUGGACUACACCAAAAGAAGUAUAGGGAUCUACAUUGACAUGGGGAGGAAGAAGAAAGAGGCACACGGCUGGCUCCAGGCAGGAAAAAUCUACCACAUCCUCAAACAGACUGAGCUGGUGGAUCUCUAUGUGCCGGUAGCGCAAGACAUCGCUUUAAGCACAGGAGACACACUAUUUAUUCUGGAGCUGCUGGAGACAGCAGGGGAUAUAUUCUUCGACAGCACACAGGACAGAGAAAAAGCUGUCUGCUUUUAUAGGGACCGAGCCCUCCCAAUUGCAGUGAAGACAAGCAGUAUGUGUUGUCAGCUCAGAUUGUGUAAUAAACUAGCAGAGUUGCUGCUACACCUGGGAGAGUAUAAAGAAGCUGUGGAGUAUGCACAGACUGCUUUAGAAAUCAGCGUCAGCAUGGCUGACCGUUUAAGUGAGCGUGUGGCUUUCCAUCGGCUGGCUACACUCUACCACUGCCUGAAUCAGUUUGAGCUGGCUGAGCACCACUUCCUGAAAGCCCUCUCACUCUGUCCCUCACCACUGCAGUUUGAUGAGGAAGCCCUGUACUAUGUCAAGGUCUAUCAGACAUUAGGUGACAUAAUCUUCUAUGAUCUAAAGGACCCGUUUGAUGCAGCUGGUUAUUACCACCUUGCUCUGGCUGCUGCCAUGGACCUGGGCAAUAAGAAGUCUCAGCUUGAGCUGUGCACUCGUCUGGCUACAAUUUACCACAACUUUCUCAUGGAUCGUGAACUCUCCCUGCAUUUCUACCAGCGUGCCCGAGCUUUCGCUGCCGAUCUUAAUAUCCGCCGUGUCAACCUAUCAGCAGAUCAGAGUUUUCGCACCACAUCCCAAUAUAGAAUCAAAGCCUCUCAGGAGAUCAGCUAAACAGACAAGAGUGUACUGAGAAAACAAAAACAUAGACUGCACUGAAGCACAACACUAUAAUGUUUACAGUCUAUUGACCAGAUGCUUUGUGUAGUGGUUUAUUGGCUUUCAUUUGUGUUGACAAGCUUGAUGAUAUUUGUGAUGUGCUGAUUGCUUAUGUUGCUCCAGCAGGCAAUUUCAGCAAGAGUGUCAAAAAAACACCCCAAAAAUCUAAAGUUUAUAAUUCAAGAAUGACUGGAAAAAAGAUUAAUUCACAUUAAGAAUAUAAUAAUAAUAAAAAAGAAAGUCUGUAUGUA